CCUCAGAAAUCACAUCAAAGUGGGAGCUCUCCUUGUUGAUCCACUCUCUGGUCUCCAUCUGCCUCUAUGGCGCUGAUUAUCCGAUGUGUUGUAACAACAUCCCACGUUUUCAGCCGCUCUGUGUGGAGGUUGCCUGCAGCUGACCGUCGGUGUGUCCACUCUGUGAGAGGAAGAGCAGCAGCCUGCAAACACUUCAGUUCAUCUGUCUCACAUUCAGCUACAGAGUCCACGAUGAGAAAGAAGCUGCUCGUGGAUGUGGACUGUGGGGUUGAUGAUGCUCAGGCCAUCAUGUUAGCGCUGGCUGCCCCCAAUGUGGAGCUCCUGGGCGUCACGUGUGUGCAUGGAAACACCACAGUGGAGAAUGUGUGUAAGAACACACUGCGAGUUCUGCAAGCCUGCAAUAAACUGGAGAUUCCAGUGUUUAAAGGUGCAGAUAAGCCGAUCCUUGGGAACACUCUCAGUGCGGGACAUUUCCACGGGUUGGACGGGCUGGGAGACGCUCCUGACCCCAACGCCCCCGGGCUGGACCUGGUUCAGAAGGAGGGCGCUGUGUCAGCCAUGAUCAGGAUAGUCAAUGAGAACCCAGGAGAGGUGUCUCUGGUUGCCACAGCACCCCUCACCAACCUGGCUCUGGCUGUGAGGAUGGAUCCAUCUCUACCGAGCAAACUCCGAGGGCUUUACAUCAUGGGAGGCAACACUGAGUCUCGAGGAAACACAACAGUGUGUGGCGAGUUCAACUUUGCUGCUGAUCCAGAAGCUGCGUACAUCGUACUGAACGACUACCAGUGUCCCACCUAUAUGGCCUGCUGGGAGUUUACCUGUUACAGCAAACUGUCCUGGGAGUUUUGUGAUGCCUGGUUGGGGCAGGACACCCACAAAGCUCGCUUCAUGUCACAGAUCUUUGCCCACAGCAUCGAGGCGUCGAAAGGCGAGCGAUGUGAGAAAGAGUUUGUGGGCGGCACAGGUUUGGUUUCCUGUGACUCGUACGCCAUGGCAGCAGCUGUAGAUGACUCGUUCAUCAUAGAAAGCGACCAUUAUCCGGUCAGCGUGGAGCUGACGGGCACACACACCAGAGGCAUGAUGAUAGUGGAUACUGUGGGCUUCAUGAAGAAGGCUCGCAAGGUUUUCAUCAUGAAGAAGGUGGAUAUGGAGAGGUUCGAGCACAUGAUGAUGGCUGCUUUACGAUAACAGAAAAUUAAGCUUCAGUGAACACUAUGUCACUGAUCCGUCCAUAUAUUUUGGCUCAGGUUUCUGUUGAGUUGUAGAUGAAGCUUUGGUCUUUACAGAGUAAUUUCUCUAUUUUUUGUUUUUAGUCAUAAGCCAACAUACUGUAUAUAAAACUGCAAACUGCAGUGGAACAACUAGGACUAAAGACUAAUUUUGUAUGAUGCAAUAUUAGUAAUACAAGAUUGUGAAAGACUUAAUACUGAAUGCGUACCUCAAUUGUUUGAUGACAUCAUAAAAACAGUUUUUUAAUGCUACACUAAAAAUCUUUCAAUGUUUUUGAUGACAGUACCUCAUUAAAAUUUUAAUAGAAACUUUA